AUGCAGCCCUGCUCAGUAGAUAAUGAGAGUGGGCUUGAUCUAAUAGCAUUCCACUGACUCACUGACUGACUGAGCACACAGCCUGGGACAGAGCCCAGUGACAGAGCCUGGAGGUGAGCACACACUCACUGCCCCCUGCCAUGGCUCACUCACAUAAUAUCCACUGACUGAGUGAGCACACAGCCUGGGACAGAGCCUGGAGGUGAGCACACACUCACUGCCCCCUGCCAUGGCUCACUCACACAAUAUCCAAUGAGCACUUUUUACAGCCAACUUUUUGGUUUUUUUUUUUUUUUUAAUUUCUGGAAAAUUACUCAUUUUAAACAACAUUAUUACAUUUUACUAAUUUUUUUUUUCUGUUUUCUGGGAAGUUCAGUAGAAAUCAGAGUGAAUAGAGUUUACAUUUUUUUUUAUUUAUUAUUAUUUAAUUUUCUUAUCUUUUUAAAAACUUUUUUAUAUUUUAAUUUUUUUUCUAUAUUUUUUAAAAUUUUUCUCAGCAUUUUAUUUAUUUAUUUAUUUUCUUUGCACUGUCUGUUAUAACAAGCACAGUGUGUACACAGACUGACUGGUGCGGCCAAGGUGGGGCACAGUGUAACCAGUAUCUGUGUAUUGAUACAUUGUCACAGCCUGGAGGAGAGUGUAGGACACAGGGUAACAUUUUAGGAAAUGAAAGAGUAGUUAUCGGUAAGGGGGAGGGUUUCCAAUUCUUCUGUGGGGCAGUGACAUUAAAGAGUUAGUUUUCUUUGUCUCAUCAACUGCAGAGUUAAAGUAUAAUGGAGCCCGGAGACUUAUGAAUUUUAAUUUUUUUAUUUUCCUUUUUUUUUUGUGUGAAUUAUUUUUGAAGAUCCGAUAGACGACGGACAAUCUCCAAGCAGCCCCUCUGGAGUUCAGAUCAUGUACCAGGACUAUUCAGGGAAUUUCGACAGCUCUUCGCAUGGUAGCAGCAAUUCUCCAGCACACCCGGAAGGAUACCCCAACUCCUUAUCUACCUCAAUACAUCAGGUGAGGAUCUCAGAUUUUUAUUAAUAAAAAAGCAGAUUGAGCACUCAGUGGCAUAGUGUGCUCUCCAUGGGAAAAGAUCUGGUGCAUCCCCCUUGCUAUUGUUGGAGCUAUGACUUUCAUCAACCUCGACUAACACUGAUGGGAGUCCUAGUCUAACAAAGGACGUAGGGCUGCCUUAAGAGUUUCCGUACAGAAGUGUGCUGACCCGAUUACCAUGUACAGGAAUCCUAUGUAUAUAAAUGGGUUUUGCCAAGAUCCCUCAUUUUAUUUAAAUCCCUUUACCAGCUUGUUACAAUACAGUAAUGAGACACAAUGUGUAACAUUUUGGCAUAGAAAGUGUAAUGGACUACUGUUCCAAAUGGCAGACUGAGCGUCAUGGGGGCAGUGGUACACUGCAGCUGGCAUGGCAAAGGUUGGCCAGGUACAGGGUGGAUGACCACCCCUCUCACUGGAGGGAAGAUUUGGCCCCCAGCAGCUGUUCUGUGGACUCGUUGAAUUUUUAAAAUUUGGUUCUUGUGGAUGGAUUCUCACUUAUUGGGUCGUGUCUCGUACAGCUGUGCUGAUGUUCUGUGUCAUUGGCUAUAGUGGAGAUCGUAGCUCCCUAUCAUCUACAUAUGAUUCACCAGCACAAGCGUGCUCUAAGGCGAGCACAUGGGGGGGUUGAAGCAUUUAACCCUUUCUGGGUCAAAGGGAUUCUACGCAUUGGUGGCAGUCAAUGGAAGGAAAUAGAUGUCUGUAUUUUAUUUUAAUUAGUUUAUUUAGAAAUAACUAACAUGUCCAGCAAAGCUUAUUCUGUGGAACGGUAACAAACCUAGUAGUUUAUUAACCCCCCUCAAAAUAAAAAUACAGUAUUGUUCUACAAGGGGGGAUUAGCUAUUUCCCUGCCAUCCAGUUCACUUUUACUCCACGCAUUUUACUGUGAUAUCCUAAGGUGUUAAUUCAUUAAAAACCAGUUGAUGUGCAUUGAAAAGUAAAUUGAUCAUCUACAAUAAGUCUUUUAAGGUUUGAAUCCAGCCAAACCGCCUGCCAAUUUCGUAUUUGAUUUAUUAAUGUUUAUAAAGGCGUAACCUACGCUGUUUGUUUUAAUGAGGGACAGUCUUGUAUUGAUAUUUUGUGCACCGUAUCCUACAACAGGUUAACCCAUUGUGUGCCCGAGAGGCGAUAUUUUGGGUGAUACUGCUCCCUCUAUAUUGGUAAAGGAUAAAUAAGAGCGUGUACUAACAUAUCACAUGUGCUCCAUGGCUUAAUUACACAAAUGCAAACUUUGUUGGCAUCUGCGCAACAUCCUGCAGUUCCUUUGUCAACACAAGAUCUACAGGCAAAUCGCCUGGUGUUACCCUGUACAGGUUAUUGCCUAUUUUCUAUAGGCUUCUUUAGUCAGUCAUGUAUGUAGAAAGAUUUGUAGGCCACCGUCUGGACAAGUGGUGAGCAAAGCAUUGCACGAAUGAGUUAAUAGUCUUCACUUAGAGCUUAUUCCAGUUCUUUUUGUUGUGGUUUUUCGUUCUCUCGUACUUUGAUCAAUCAGAAGGAGUUUGUUCAUUGCUCUUGUAGCGCAGGUCGACUGACUGACUUAGUUCUGUUAUGGGUCUAGUGCCUUGGGCAGUGAGACAUUCCCAACAACUUCUAAAGGAGGACAACAGAGCCCUCCCUGCGUCUUUUGUUCUGAGUAAACAGUAAAGCUGGAAUUAUGAGAAAUGGAGAGGAGAGUACCUGGUAAAUAAGGGAAAUCAGAAAAGUCUACUUUUUGUGUAGACCUUUGUAAUGAGUUGUAAUGAGAAAACGAUUGGCCCAACUCCAAUGCCAACGGAACAUCUUAAAACAAGGGGUGGUGGAACCCUCUAGACCUAAAGAGGUCUCUGAUUGGUUUACAAGAAAAGCUGGAGCUUAUAAGUAUGAAUUAUAUCCAACAAAAAGGGUCCAGCAGCAUUAGCUGGUGAGAGAUUCCAAGGCAUCAUUGUUUAAUCGUGUUCCAGAGACCUGGCACAUACAGAUAUUGGAGUAAGGGCCACAAGACUAGUUUAGAUUGGGUCAUAUACUCUGCAAUGUUAGAAGUCAGUUAUUGAUGCAUGUGUUUGUGGUUGGUGCCACUUUACCAGCAAUGUGCCUCGCCUAUCUUUGCCAGCCUGUUUAAACUGGUCAUUAUCCCUAAAUUAUCAUUCUAGUGACUGGGGCUGGUCCUACAGCCUGCCCCAGUUAACAUUCUUGACAGUGUUCCUCACCCAUCCUAUAUCAUUCUGCUAAUUAACCAGCAUUGCAUAAGAUGCCUGCUUGGCCUACUUUAUUAUUAUUUAUAAGGCACUAACAGGUUCUGUAGCGCUGCGUUACGUACAGUUUGUCACCCAGUAACAAUGACACAUAAUGAAGGUACGGAGCAUCUUGCAUGUGUGAGCUAACAGUCUAACAAGCGGUGAUUAGCGAGUUGAAGGGAUUCCAUCACCUGUGUCAUGUACCCCGAAAAAACAUGCCAUGCUUGGCAAAACAAUGCUGUGUCUGGCAGCACAUGCAAUAUUUUGUGUAUUAAAAUAUCUGCACUCUAUUUAAUUUAUAUCAUUCGAUUCAGAAGAUCCAUAUUUUCUUUAUUUACUUACAGCAAUAGAGCCCCUUGACUUUCUGGUGGUCCAGUAACUGUAGCAUAACGUAGGGUUACUCUAUGAUGUGUUGGGAGGUUGUAUUAACCCAUUGUAUGUCAGAGCUGUGAGCAGUGUAUUGCUUUUAUCAUGCCUUAUGAUACAUCAUGUUCAUCCAUUGGCAUUUAACGUGGGCUGUAAUUAUUAUGCCCUGGGGGUGUUUCUAUGAGGGCUCGUGUAAAGCCGGCUCUAGGACUCAGAAGUGCUUAUGGUCUCAGAGACCCUAUUUAGAUUUUUGUGCCAUUUUUCUAUGCAGCCCAAGUGGUCAUUGCUGAGCGGCUGACUUUAAAAUGCUUUUGUGUUGGGCAUUCUGGAUCCCCUGAGAAUGAUGAACUGGGCUGCCCAGAGUGAUACAAUCUGGCAUCCUGCUUCCACAUGUUUGGUCAUUCUAGAGAGCCAGUCUGUACAAGAAGUGGUCUGAGACAGGCUGGUGUGGUUUGUCAUGCAAUCUACAGGUUGGCAUCCUGGGAGUAUGUCACAGUGACCCCUAGUGGAGAUAACUGGACUGUGCAACACACACAUUGUCUCAGAGUGAAAUAAGGACAAUCGUGGCUUAUUAAUGUAAAUCUAGAACACGGACUAUUAUUCAACUUUUAUAUUCCCCUUAUGUGUUGAUUUAAAAUGGUUUAGAAUGAGUAGGCGAAUAUAAACUGCCUGUGUUAUUUGUAAACGCUCUUUAAAAAACAUCUUGAAACCAUAAUAAUUAUAACUUGUUUAAGCUGUCUCCCGGGGUAAUUUUUUUUUUUUUUGAGGUUUUUGGUUUUUUGUUGUUGUUGCUAUGUCCUUGAAUUUGUUUUAGACUAUUCCAAUAAACAUUAUGUUUAAUUUUAUCAUGGACUGCAUCUACUUUCUACUUCAUUUUGGAUGUUACCCGGCGUCUCCCCUGUGAUUCUGCUUUCCUAUAAAUCGUACUGGGGGUAGGGGGAGGGGAAGUACAUUGUAUGUCAGUAAUCACGGUUUGUCAGGGAAGAUCAAAAUACCAACAGUGUGACUGCGUAAGGCUGGCAAAGAAUGGUGGGAGUUGUGGUGUUACAGCAGCUGAGGGAGUCUGCCAUUUGGCUGCCUAUGCUGUGCAUGGACGUCUGUUCAGCAAGUGGGAGAAUGGUCCUAUUUCCACUAUUUGGAGUUAUUACACUGUCAUUCUACAGCCCCCCUCCUCUGCGCCCUUUCAUCUGGAAAACGAGCCUCACAAUGCGUUUACCCACAUUCUCAUUGAUGUCAUCAGAGCCAACAAGCAGUUCUGUGGUUUGACCAUCCACAGCUACGGACAUAUCAGCCCCCACUCUGCUGGAAGAUGCAAAUGGGAAAACAUUACAUUUUUUUUUUUUAACUCUCUUGCUCACCUUCCAAUUCCUGGUUUAGUGAAUAGGCCCCAAAUGUAAGGUGCUGAUCUCCUAAUUUAAAUCUUCUUCCCCUCCAGUCAUUAUAUUUGAUAUUCAGGAGGACUACAGUAAUUGUAAUUUCCAGCAGACUGUGAUUUUCUGUGUUACCGUGCGGAAUUAUAAAGUUUCUCCCAAAAAUGACGCACAUAGAAGGUAAAUUGGUAUGAUAAAAAAACACACACAAACUCCUUAAAGUUGUAAUAAAGUUAUGAUAAAACACGGUUUAUGUUUUUAUAACUUUUUUUUUUUUUUUUUAAUUUAUUUUUAUUUUUUUUAUAGUUUUUGUUAAUACUGCUCCUUUUUUCUUUCUUUGAAGAGUAAGGCGAUUAUUUUUGAUGUUGGUUAAUACAACUUCUUUUUUUUUUCUUAUUUAUUUUGUGACUCCUGUUAGCAGGAGGGGAAGGAAAUAUUGCAAUAGUUCUGAAAUCCCUGUUCUAUGUGUCUGUUAAAUCUUGCCUUGUCUUUAAAUGGAAAAAAGGUGUUUCCUUUCUAAAAUGAAACCUGUGCAGUGUAAGAUUUUUUUUUUUUUUUGUGAGCAGUAAUGGUUUUUGAGAACUAUUGGAUUUCGUGCCAGGAUGGUGGCCAGCCUGUAAGAUCAGAAUAUGGGCAAACUAACAUUGGUUCUAUUUGGGAAUCUCUCGCUGUAAACCCUGACCCCACACAUCACUCAUUGGCUUUCUUCAGUAAAGAAUCUCUAACACCUGGACCAGGAACUUGUUCUACAUCGAGAGCAAUGAUGGCUAAUGCUGCCACUCUGGAUAUGUGAGAAAUACAUUCUUCGUGAUUAUUAAUCACAAGAGUCUUGCAUGCCAACAAUUGAUAUUUGUUCUAGAUCAUUAAAUUGCAUUUUUAUUUUCAUUAUUAUUUGUAACGAAGGCAUGUAGUGUAACGAUUUAUUUUUCCAUGUGUGUCAUUAUCGUUGGCAUUAACAUUCCGCUUCUCCAUCAUGAAGUGUUUGCAGUUUGACAUGUGGGACUUACUAUGAAUUAUUUACCUCUGGCUACUAAAAAGUGGCAUGUGGCCAUCUGUAUUAAUCAGCGAUGCACUCUGACCAGUCCAAUCUGUGUUGCAUCAGCACUCCAUACAGAAGGCACCGAACACCCGUAAUGGAAAUACAAUACGUAUAUAUCUAGUUCUAAAGAGGAUGCGACCUUUCAAACCUGGAUAUGCUGUUUAUAGCAUAGUUACCGAGGGGGCUAAUACUCCCCUGCCGCCUCACCAGCCCACCCCUGCUAAUAACUAGAGCUCCCAGUUAAACACAGCUGUUCAUGUGACAUGCUAGCUAUAGGUUUUACACUUUAUAAUGUCAGAGCAGAGCUCUCUUAUUCUGCUGUUUCUGCUAAUAUUGAAUUGGGUGACAUCGGGUCCCAGAAUUAUCUCAUCAUUCUGUUUUUUUUAUUACUGACAUCACCAAGCGCUGAGCUUUUCAAAUCAAAAUCCUGUCUCGUCCUCCCACUUUUCUGUUAAGUCUAGAAAAGGCAGGGUGUGCCUCACUAAGAACAUAAAAUAACAAAACCAUCCUGUAAUAUUGGACUUAAAUGCAAUAAAAUGUCUGCUAUUGGCAUAGUUAGAAUAGCUUUAAGGAAACUGGUUCAGGAAUCGAUGUAGGAAUGUUUGUUUGUUUGUUUGUUUGCUUGGUCAGAGCCAAUGCAAGGAUUUAAAAAGCAUGUUCACAUGUGUCUCCUAAGCCCCUUUUGCCCCUUUGUAUGUCUUACACUCCUUUUUAGUGUGUUUUAUUCUCCCUUUUGUGAGUCUCUUACAACCCCUGGCAUCUUUUACUUCCCCACUAGCCCCUUUUGUCUGUCUCAUUCUUCCAAACCAUACAGACAUAGAUAUACAGGCAAAAAGACAUACACGCAUAAAGUCACAAAGAUAUACAGACACACAACCAAACGUACACCGUCAAACAAACACAGACAUGCAGUCGUACAGAGACAUACGGAACAAGGCAUACAGAAACCUACAGACGUAGUCCUACAGAGACACACAAAAGCCGGCAUAGAGCAAUACAUGCAGUCACAAUUUCAGCCCUAUGAAAUCUCAUCCCUGGGAAGUAUGCAGUCUGUGAUCUGUGGAGUUCCAAUUCAGUAGCCCAGCCUCGUCACUAGACGCCAUCCAUGCGGUUUGCUACACAGAGUACACGCAUGUGAUGUGAUUUGUGUCAGCGCCUCUCCACACAGCCUGUGGCAUUCACCAGUCAGAGGCUGGGCUGGACAGAGGUAAUGGAGCUCAGAAAAGGCUACAUGAAAUGACUGGCAGGAGAGGAGACUGUGCGCUUCCCUCCUGCCUGUCAACAAACCCCCCACCCCCCCAUCCUCCCUUUGGCUGGUGUGGUCGCCUGUGCCGCUUUAUGGUAGCGCCGGCCCUGACUGUGGCUGUCGGCAUAAUUCAGCGUGUUGAAGACUGCUUUAGAGGAAUUUUAGAAGUUGAUUCUUACACACCUAGGGCUGCAGUUUGAAACCGUUUAACAGCUGCAUACAUUACGCUUACUCUUCUAGGAUCAGAGAUAAGCAAGCCUUUCAUUUAUUCUGCUGUAAACUGCAACUCCUAUCCUGCUUAGCCAGGAAGUUAGGCCAAAGGUUGCCAAUUGCCCUAAGUGGCCAGUAACCCCAUUAACUAGAAGAUUUUCUGGAAAAAGUAUAGCCCAGAGCUAUCAACAGCAUUUCUUCCCCCAGACAGCAAGCGUCUUACACAACAACAUCUGGCGUUGCUACCACUUUGUGUUUAAGUAAUGGAGGUGGCAUCCUUAUUUUAUGUUAUGGCUGCCUGAAUCAACAUGCUGUAUGUGCUGUGCAUGCGUGGGAUAGGCAUAAGCUAUCCUAACUAUAAGAUAAGGCCAGGGACUUAUGAAAGUAUUUAGAUAAUUGGGCAGACAAGAUAAGCCGAAUGGUUCUUAUCUGCCAUCACAUUCUAUGUUUCUGUGUGAAUCCGUCUGUCUGAAAUGGGCCUACAUCCAAGUGACAUACGUGGCAGGGGUGUAGUACAAAGCCAAUCCAUGCAGGUGUUGUGUCAGUGCAAAAUGGACUCUGAAACCAGUGGAAUCAGGGGGAGUUAUUACUUUAAUUAUUCCUGGGCAGGGACGGAAAUCACAGAUUUCAUCACUUUCAUCCCAGGCUUUUAAUAUUACUGGCUUAUUAUCUGUGUUUAACAAAUAGAGAGCAAAAAUGGGUUGCAAGAGUAUUCAGAGAACAGACAGCAGCUAAAAUAGCCUGCCCUUCGGUGGAUCCCCGCUCAGAACUCAAGCUGGUUUUAGCUCAUCUAUUGCCAUUACAGAGAGAACACAUCUGAAGCAUAUCAGACUGGUCCCACCCAUACGGGCAGUCCAGAUCCGAAAUGCCAGCAAGUUCUCUCUGCACGAGAGAUACAAAUAUGUCUGUAAGAUCUGGAAAUUGAAUGUAUAAUUCCACACCACUGUCUUUACUCCUGUAUUGGACCUGGUCGGCUCCGUCGUGGCAACCUAUCAGUCAUUGAUAUGUGUUACCUUUUUAUUCCAUUGAAUAUGGUUCCUGGAGGAGGAGGAACAGAAACGAUUUGUCCUGAUUUGCAUAGUGUGCCGGGCUGUGCCUGAACUGGAGUUUGCUGUCAUUUGCUAACUCUUUCACAUUUCACCCUGAGUGAUCACACAUCCCCUUUGUUGAUAAAUCUCCCUAGGGUAGUGAUGAGUAGACUUGGCACUCAAUGUUUUGUGAACCAGUGGCGUCACUAGGAUUCAUUUUUAGGGGGCGCACAUGGUGGGCCAGGGUCAAAAGUAGGGGGGCACAUUUAACCCCGCCCUCGCCGCAGUUUAACCCACCCCUGCCGCAUGUUAAGCCCCGCCCCGACACAAUGUGUUUUUUGUUUGUUUGUUUGUUUGUUUUUUUGUUUUUUUAAUAAUCCCUGUUGGAGGAUUCAUUAUAGGCUCACUGACAGACAAAAAACUCACACACAAGCUUACUACAGACAAACUCACUGACACACACAAGCAGUACCAUCUUAACAGUGUUAAGGGCCCCGGGCAAAGCAGUGCACUGGGGCCCUUCCUACACAACAACUCACAGGAAUAAAAUUUUCAAUUAUUGAUAGACUGAGUACAUACAUAAAGUAAACUGAAUAUGAAUACCGAGAGACUGCUGAAUAUACACACACACACACACGUACACAGGCUGAUUUAUACACUUACACACACAGACAGACUGCUGAGACCAUGCGCACGCACACACAGACUGCUGAGACCAUACACGCGCACACACACACCACCCCCCCCCAAGCCUCCCUGUCACUGGAGGCUGUUGCUGGGGGUCAGGCAGCCAUCUUCUGCAGCAGCAUGGUCUGCUGCUUUAUGGCGGGGCUUAUAUUUGGGGCGAGGCCUGUGCUGAGGAGCCUGUCAGACAGCCCCAGCACGGUUCCAGCCCCUCUGUCCUGCAUUCCCUCCCCGGCUGUCAUAGGCUGUUACAGUCCGAGGGAAUAGAAUUUAACCACAUGGCCAGCAAGUUGCCGGCAUUUGGGGGGGCCAUGGCCCCCUCUGCCCCCCCCCCUCCCCAGUGACGCCACUGUUGUGAACUACAUUUACCAUGAUGCUUUGCCGUUCACAAACCUGUCUGCUACAACUAGCCAUUGCUUGCAUAACCCAUUAAAUGCCACAGACAUGGUUUAAUUGUGUAUUUGUUUGUUUUGUGGCGUAGAAAGUAGCUUGCUUGUGACUAUUAGCUCUGGUUUUUCAGCUCGGAUAUCAGUUUUUGUUCCCUAAUUCGGGCCAUGGAACGUGCCAGAAGUGAGUGCGUGCAUCCUGGCAGUUUGAAAAAAGGGAAGUACAGUCGGGGAGGGCUGGAAAUCCAUUCUGAUAGGAACUUGUUCAAUAUAUUACAGGAGCACUGUAGCAUUUGAAAUACAAACCUGUAAAUGCUAUAGAGCCCUUGUCACUAUUUACAUGAGACCUUACAUUUUCCAGAGCUGAAACUCCCUAGUUGCCCCUUACUUCUUGAGCACCGUUAUGGAGCUGGCAUUGUGUUUUUUUUUGGCAGUGGUCCAUUCCAAUGCCUCUCCUAGAGGGGACAUGAUGUUCUCCAAUCCAAUGCUUCUCCUAGGAAAUCUGUGAAUUCAAUGUUUUCCUAUGAGCUCCAAUUGGUCACAUGAGCUAGGGUCACUUGGUCGUUGUAUAGGAAGUGCCUCUAGUGACUGUGACUGGAAGACCACCACUAGAGGAGUGUUUAACCCAGCAAUGGAAACAUUGCCUUUUCUACAAAUCUACAAUUUUUUACAUUCAAGAAUCAAAACUACAGGGCCACUGCCUCCAGACCACAUCUUUGAGAAUGCCCGCUUAUCCUUUUCCGUGAGGUCCUCUUCAGCUCCUGGAGCUUCAUCUGCCACCCGUGCAUACGCAACAGUACAACACUGAGGACUAAGGCGGAACCUAUGAGACUGCAGCAUUCUCCAUAGACCGAUCCUUUUGCCCCUCAGUAAUCUCUAGUGAUAGCAAAGAGCUAGACAAAGCUUGACAGCGUCAAGCGUAGGAUAUAAUACCCCACCUUUUCAUAGAUUUUGUUUUGACAGAGUUGGAAUUUUAGUGAAAUUUCAAGAGUCUUUAUGAGGAUUUUACAAAGAUUUGAUUUUCAUGAAAUGCUCAUUUUUUUUGGAGAGAGAGGGGGUGACCAUGCCGCUUUAUGCAUCGUUUGGAGUAGCACUUAUUUUUACCAUUAUAAAUGGUGUAUACAAAUAUUAGAUUUUCAUUAAACUUCACCCACUUGUCUCAGUUUGAUGGUGUGUGCACCACUGAUACAAUGUCUGACACACUAGUUUCUGUGAACUACCACUCCCAUAAUGCUUUGCCAUUGGUGAUAAAUAACCCCAGGUACAGGAGCUGUUAUCUAUCAUUGAAUGCGCUCCUUGUGUACAUAACAAAGGUUUCACAGGCGAAUGGGUCCUAUUAACCAGGGUUUCAGUGUUCUAGCUUUGCUUGCCCUUUUGGUACUGAACGGUUUGGUGGGAAUCUUGUUUGUACAUGUAAGGGAAAAGGCUCCAUCUCUGAAGGCCAGUCGUGCAAGCCGCGUGGCUGCCCUUCCUACCUUUUAAAUUUCAGCAAUGUCUGAGCAUGCAGAACAUUUCCUGUUUGUCCUGACUGAUUAGGCAACCGUGCUCGAAGCUGCUAGCUCACUGACUCUGUCCUCCUGCUCUGGAAAACACUGGGCAUUAUGAACACCCCGUGUAUUCUAGUCUGGUACACAGAGGUUUAGAAUAAUUUGUCUUAGGUUGGUGGAGAAACUAAAUUGUGAUUUAUUUAUUUUUUUUAAUUUUAUUUUUAAUUUUUUUUUAGGUGUAGGGCUAACAAAUAUGUCCACUGGCCUAAAAAUGCCAAGGUCCUUUUUUUUUUUUUUUUUCAGAGCUCCAAAAGUCCCUUUUAUAGCAACAACUCAUGCACACCGCGCUACGUGCAGCUGCCAUCUUGUUCUACAUCUGUUUUGCCUGUGGGGAGGACUUUAGAUUGUGAGCUUAUUUUACAAGGUCCUAUUCACCCACUGUUCCGGUAUGUCAUACGUGUUUUGUUAAAAUUAAAGGAACACUAUAGCGAUAGGAAUACAGAUAUGUAUUCAUAACGUUAUAGAGCCCUAGUCACCCUUUAGGUCACUAGGGCCGCGUUCCACAGCGAAUAAAUGGUUAACCAUUUGUUUGCUUACCUUAACCCAGCGCCGGGCUCACUCGGCACUGGUUACCCCUCCUCCGUCGACUUCAGCUCCCGAGUGGAGCCGCAUGCGUGGCCAGAGGCGCACGCAUUCACACUCGCCCAUAGGAAAGCAUUACUCAAUGCGAUAUGCGACAACCCAUGCGAUUUGAUAACAUGUACACGUUUUCAGAUCUAGGGAGGCUUAUACUUUUUUAUUUAAAUUUUUUUUAUUUUUUUUUAUUUUUAGUAAUUUAGUAGAAGACACCAGUUUUAGUACUGAAGCAAUGAUUAUUUUAAAUAAAGGUUUCCUUUUUAUGCUUUAUUUUUCACGUUAACUGGGAAACUCCCACCCUACCUGAACACAAUGCUUUCCUCAGCUGUUCCCACCUCCUAUAACCUCUGAUCCAGUACUAGCACUUUACUUAGUCUACCUCAAUACAAAAAGAAAGCAGCCCGAUCCUCCUUCUCCUACAGAGCGCCGCAAUUGUGGAACGACCUCCCGCACAAUUUAAAAUCUUCCCUAAGCCUAAAGUCCUUUAAGAGAUCCCUCUCUACAUAUCUCAAAACAGAAUGCAUGUGUCAUGGGUGAUUAUAUAUUUCCUGCCUGUUCUAUGUUAAAUUUUGUAUUUAUUGUGUAUUAAUAUUGUUUUUGUAUUUUAUUGUACCCUAAUUGUAACAAUGCAAUGAUUUGUGGACCCAGGACAUACUUGAAAACGAGAGAAAUCUCAAUGUAUCUUUCCUGGUAAAAUAUUUUAUAAAUAAAUAAACAAGCUCUAUAAAUGGUUAAUACACUUUGCUAACAAUGGUUUGUUUUUUUUGCUUUUUGGACAGGCUAUAAAAGGUUAACUUUUUAAUGGCCCAGUCAUGUCUGUCCUCCCACAAUCUUCACAUAGUUUUACUAAAUAACUCGGAUUCCAUUGUCUACUUGUUAAACUCUUUCCUGUGAUGGGAAAAAGUAUGAGCGUGUAACAACAAAAAAGUCAAAUCUGUCUUAACCCAGCACCAAUUAAUCUUCUUCUAUUCCUUGAAUUUUCCAUCUUACCUUUCCCUAAAAUAACCGAAAAUCCUCUUUUUAAAAAAGAAAAUCUUAUUUGAGGAUGGGGGGAGAGAUGGUUGGUUUAACACAAAUAAAAGAGGGGGUGGGGGGAGUGAACUCUGCCAGGAGCUACAUUCUGGAGACAUUCCGGACACCUCAAAGCAGGCUUCCCAGAAAUGACAAAAUUCCCAAUCCUUAAUGCAGUCUAUGUGUAGCAAUUCUGCCCCCUAUAGGCCUCCAAAGUGAGCACAACUUCCUGGGAUUGUGUGAAACAGGGAGAUCAUUUGCACAUUUCCAGUAAACGAAGGAUGUGUGGGAGCCUGAGGGGGAGAACAAUUUCAUUUUUCUGCGGGCGAAUGAGGAAAUGCCUCCUUCCUUGUGUUGGCUAAUAAAAUAAUCAAAUCCAUCACAGGGAUCAUUGCAACACACUGAGUCAUACUUUGUGGAGCCCAAUAACACAGAACAAGGUGAAUGAAUGGGCUCUCACAUGGUUCAAAUAAAGCCAUAAUAGGAUUUCAUACUACACAGGGUUCAUCCUAUAGAACAUGGGUGGCCUGAAGCAUCGUGGGGAUUGUAGUCUGAUCUCGGGUGAAUGGGAACAUUCCCUUACAUUCUACAUUGAUUUCUUGAAACUAAACAUCACGUAAAGUCUGUAAGACAUAGAUUGAGACAAUUUGUAGAAUAUGGAGUGUCCAGAUAGAGGUUAUGGCUAACCUGAUAUAUAUAUUUUUUUUAACUUAUUUGUUUUUGUAUUUGUAAUUAUUUUAUUUUAAUUUAUUUAUUGAGGGUUUUUUUUUUUUUUAAGAGAAAAAUGUGUCAGUAGCAGCGCCAUCUCUGGGGGCCAUAUAUAAAUUCUGUGGCCUCUAAUACCCAAAUUACAUUGUGACAAGUGAAUUCUAACAAUGUAACUGGCUGCAACAACUGCCUAUGGCAUCCGAUGAGAGAUUUAGGACUUCCCUUUUACUGAAAGAUCUGGGUCAAAUCCUGUCACUCACAGCAGACUAAUCAUUUUUCUCCAGAAAAGAUAAGAGCAGUAUUAAAGUUCUUUGGAAAUAACUGCCAUAGCAGUACAUUAAAGAAUGGAAAAUCAUCUCUACAUUACGCUGAGCAAACUGGUUCAUUACGUUUCAUGUUAAAGAGACAGUAAAGCCUGCAGUGAUGACUUAAUAGAAGCUGUGGCUAAGUCUCCCGAGCUGAUCUGUGAGGCUGUCAGUGUCCCAGUGGGUAAGACAGGACAACUGAUGUCUGAGAUUUAACACCUUUUUAGAAGCCUUUUUAGAUUGUAAGUUUAUUUGGACAAAACCCUCUUCACCUACUCUUCCAGUAUAUCAAUCAUGUUUUGUUAGAACUUAGUGUCUGUUUUCUUUCACUAUUGUACAGCGCUGCUCAAUAUGUUGGUGCUAUAUAAAUAAUUGUAAUUCACCAAGAGGCAGGUUGCCAUAUAGAUUGUAUGAAUGAGGUCUGGACUUUAGUCUUCCUUCAGUCUCUGCCUCCUUCCCUAGCUGGCAUUGCACCAGUUAAAUUUCUUUUAACGUUUUACACUUUUUUAACUGCAUUCUAGGUUUACUCAGCUAGAUUUUGGGAGUGGGGUGAUUCCCCCCCAUUAAUAGCUGAACUGUAAACUGAAUGAGUUGAAGACUGGAUGCAUCAGGCAGAAUAGAAAACAUUAAAAGUUGCAGUAAACUCUAAUGUUUAAGGAGUAAACAUUAACUGCUGCCAAACUGUCUUCUUUUGUUUACUGAGAGAGGGUGAUGGGAGCACACGAUGCCUGUCCCCCGCACAUAAAAUAGAUAGCUGAGCAACUCACAGAUCCUGUGAGUCAAGAAGCCAGCAGAGUUGUUUUUUGAAUUUUAUUUAUUUUUUAUAUCUAUUUUGAUACACUUUUAUUAUUGACCUUUAUACAGCGCCAACAUAUUCCGCAGCGCCUUACAAUUUUAACCAGGGAGUAUAUCUGAAAUGACAUAAGUGGUUACCUGAACCAGUCUGUGGAGGGGAAGAAUGUGUUAAAUGUCCCUAGGAGUGCCAGGCUUUUGUGUAACCACACCUGGAAUAAACUGCGUGCAGUCAUCGAACAAGGGGACGCAGAUUAAAGGAGAUCGUUUUACAGUGGGAGGGGAUUAUGCAAUCGUUUUACGGCCUCUCCCUUUAGAGCAGGAAUUGUAAUGGCAGAGGAAACCUGUCUAAGAGCAGGACAAUCCUGACUUUCAGCUUUUUAGUUUUUUGGUAAGUGCAGACAGGAAGCCCAUUCCUUAUUUAUAGAGAUUUGCCAAUACACGGCAUAAAGUGUAAUAGGGAGCUGUUUCGCUCUUAAAUCUGUAAAGCCGUUGUCAUUAUUGUACUUGUAAUACUCUGCAUUAUGUGCGGUAUUUAAUAUAAAACCUUCGCACUGUGUACAUGGGUUGAAUGCAACGUUUAAGCCGUUUCGAGCAAGCCCCUUCUUGCCUCUUUUCUCGUUCUUUGUCUGUACCCCUUAACUUCUUCGACAGGUUUGUUUCUCUACUCUUUGCGUUAUUACACCAGGGACAAAGACCUAAAAUACACGCCGUACGCAUGUAAUACUUAGAAUUUGGAAGGACAAGGCCCAUCCAGAAACAAAGGGUCCAUGACCCCUAAUCUGUGAUGGUUAAUAACUUACUAUUAUGUAGAAUCUGCCAUCUCCUCCCACUUAUUGACAUUUUUAUUUAUUUCCCUUUUCUUAAAUCAUUAAAAGAUACUUUUUAAUCUUCCGUUCCACUGUUUUCACAAAUAAACCCAAUACAGUAUACCAACAAUGGUGAUUUCUGUUGAAUUUCUAAGUUCGGAAUUUCACAGCUCCAGGGCGCCCUCCGGAAGCGCAGGUGUUAUAAAUGGUUUAUAAUAUGUUCGUUCACUUCAGACAGUUUGGCAUUGCCUUCUGAAUGCUGAAGGGAAAAUAAAUGAUAUUAAAGGACAAAAAAAAUGCAAUUAGAAACGUAUAUUACAGCAUGCCAUACAUCUAGGUUUUGUGUUAUUUAUACUUCUUUAUUUGCUUAUAACUAUAAAGGUUUUAUAUAUAAUUUAGCGGCUUGUUUUGUGUUGUUUCCUGUGGAGUUUUAUGGCAUGUUACAUUAUGUAUUCUAUACAUAUUUACAAUUCUUAGCUAUAGCCCUGCUACCCAGAUGGUGUAAUUAUGACGAAUUCCAUGUCGGAAUGUGAGUCACUGGGUGAUUCUGCAACGCUCCUCCAGUACCCUUUGACUUUUUGUUAGUUUUACAGUAGAUUUAAAUGCUUUCACACCUGGUAAUGUUUGACUGACAUCUUUUUUUUUUUUCGAGUAGUUCCUCCAUUUGUUUUAACUUCUUGUAAAGUGAUAUAAUGUUCCUGAUUUCAAUCCAGCCCCGACCAUAGGUCUGUAUGGCGUGGAUUUCUCCCGUUAGUGUGUUUUAAUUUACCAUUAUUCUGUAUCCUCAAACUGGACAUGUAAAAUUGGCAACCAGGGACUUUUCAUCGAUCCCCUGACACUGACAUCCUUCUGCUAGUUCUGUGUUCUAGUCCUGGAUCUGCUCUGAUUUAAGUUCUGUAUUCGUUUCUGGGGCAAAGUUCUAAACAUGGAACAAUCCACAUGGGUACGGAUAGAAUGUAUCCGCAGAUUGUUGUAGAAUUGUUCUUCAUAUAUAAACAUCAUUGAGUAGAUGGCGUCAAAAUGUUCUUUUCGAGAGGACAGUCAAUCAUGCCCACUAAUGCAAUCUUAUUUAUUUCUUUCCCUUCCCUGGAACACGUGUUUGUGUUUUGCUUUUAAACAUUUGAAUUUACCUUUAUUAUUUUAUAACUAAUAUUGCUUGCGGCCGUGUUUGUAUUGUUCAUGUCAGUUCAGCGUCUGCAUAUAACGCACAGAAUAUACCUACUCCCAUAGCCAGGUGGAGAGGAAUUGGUGAUCUAACCUCUUGUGAAUGUACACUAAUCGGAUUCGAGGCUAGACGUAGGGAAGAUCUCGUUCUGUGACAAUCUGCUUUGUAAAUCUGUUUGAGAUUAAGCAGGAUAUUUUUUAUUUCCCUGCUCCUAAAUAAAAUAAUGAAUGGUGACUGGAUACGUUUUUGAUCGUCAAACCCUUUAUUAACCAUUUUUCACAUUUGACAAUCCUAAUAGUAUUUGAAUGGAACAAUUUCUUUCAUUCCAGUUUAGUCUGGCUGAGAGAAAUGAGAUUUGCAAUAUCCAGCCGCUGUUUAACCUUUUCCUUUUUUUUUUUUUUUUUAUUAUUUGUGAGUGAUUAUAGUGGAAUAACUCUCUAAACAUGGACUCCUAGAUCUGUUUGUUUCUCUAUGUAAAUAAGCGAUACGUCACCACUAAACUGUUGUUUUUCUUUAAUACUUUUUAACAUCUUGUGAAUAUAUUUUGUUAGACAGUGAAUAUAAUUUUAAAGACAUGGGAUAACUAAUCCUUGUUGACCUAUGGAUUCUGUCUGUCACUUGCCAGCUUCUUAUUUUUUUUCUGUGUUUGAAAGCCAAUUGUUUGUGUAACACCCAGUGUAUGAGGGCUAGCCCGGGCACCUCUGGAAUACAUUCGUAUCACAUGUAAAGCUCAGCAAGCUGAAAGGUGUAGUUCAGAAACAUUAUAGAUAGAAUGGUCACUGAUGUGCAGGGAGGAAGGAAUCCUAGUUCUCAAGACAUUCAGUGUUACAGUCAGGCCAUUAGCUUGCUGUGAUUGGAAAUGUCUCGGCUGAGCGUAUGAGAGGGGAGGUAAAGCAAGGUGUGAAAUGUGCUCAGACAGAGGGAGUGACAUGUUGGCUUCUGGUCAUCACAUUUUAUCACAGAAUGAAACAGAGCGUGUACCGAUUUGUGCGGCGUCAAAUGUGUACCUGGUGAGCUGGCCAUUGAUCCUAUAGGGACUGUGCACGGGACGCGAGCCAUUGAUCCUAUAGGGACUGUGCACGGGACGCGGGCCAUUGAUCCUAUAGGGACUGUGCACGGGACGCUGGCCAUUGAUCCUAUAGGGACUGUGCACGGGACGCUCGCCAUUGAUCCUAUAGGGACUGUGCCCGGGAUGCUGGCCAUUGAUCCUAUAGGGACUGUGCACGGGAUGCUGGCCAUUGAUCCUAUAGGGACUGUGCACGGGACGCUGGCCAUUGAUCCUAUAGGGACUGUGCACGGGACGCUGGCCAUUGAUCCUAUAGGGACUGUGCCCAGGAUGCUGGCCAUUGAUCCUAUAGGGACUGUGCAUGGGACGCUGGCCAUUGAUCCUAUAGGGACUGUGCACGGGACGCUGGCCAUUGAUCCUAUAGGGACUGUGCCCGGGACGCUGGCCAUUGAUCCUAUAGGGACUGUGCACGGGACGCUGGCCAUUGAUCCUAUAGGGACUGUGCCCGGGAUGCUGGCCAUUGAUCCUAUAGGGACUGUGCGCGGGACGCUGGCCAUUGAUCCUAUAGGGACUGUGCAUGGGGAUGCUGGCCAUUGGUAUCAUAAGGACUGUGCGCGGUCUGUAUGUAAUAAAGAUCCUGUGUAUACUGGUUGUUUUGUUUUCCUCACAUAUCCCAUUUCUUCCCUCUCCAGAAAUUCAGGACAGAUAUGCCCGGAUCAAGCAGCGCUUUCAUCCCUACCAUUAAUGCCAUUACCACCAGCCAGGACCUUCAGUGGAUGGUGCAACCGACAGUCAUUACCUCCAUGUCCAACCCUUAUGUCCGGUCACAUCCUUAUGGUCACCCUGUACCCAGUUUGUCUUCGGUUACUGGGCAUACGGCAUUGCCAAGACCAGGUGUGAUCAAAACAAUUGGCACAGCCGCGGGCAGAAGGAGACGGGAUGAACAGGUGAAUAACUGGGUAAAUAAAUACCAUUGGAGAACUAGAAUUCUGUUUGUGUCUGUGGUCUGUGAUCACUGUCUCUCUUUACUGGCCAGAGUUUCUAGUCAUUUACCCUUCAAUGUCAUCACAAUUCAGAAUGUGAUUUUCAUUUAUUUAUUUAUUGAUGGAUGGAUUUCUAAUGUUACACAACAAACCCCAUCACUCUUGUCCUCUGAGCUUCUUGCUACUUUGUUGGAAUUAUCCUCCCAUUAGGAGCUUUCCAUUAUCAUGCCUUCUGUUCUGGUCAUGCGUCCCUCCAUCCCGAUAUGCUUUCUGUAAGGUCAUCAUUUGAUGAUCUGCAUAUCGGUCGCAAUGCUGGGGGUACAUGUAAAUGGCAGACUACCUCUAAUUAUUCCACCUUCCUUCAAAUUGCAUUGUUUAUUCAAUAAAAUAUUGCAUAGCACAUAGAUGUUCACAAAGAAAUUUUUUCUUUUUUAAUUCUUCUAACCCUAUUAAAAUGAAUGGUUACUGGGAGAAGGAAGGGCUAUUGUAACAUAUGGAUGCAUCCACAUGACAAGUACUGAGUGUGUAUGUUCAUAGAAUAUAUAAUGUUUUAUAUUUUUGGUGUGUAUGCAAGUAGACGUUCUUGUAUCUGAAGGAUGGUUUUACCUGAAUGGCAUAGAACGAAAAGUUGUGUGUCUCCAUGUUCAAGCAGUUGAUGAUAAUUGUUGUGAAACUUCUCCAGUCUGACCACCAAGGAUUGAUUGGCAAAUGUACUCUGUCUUUCGCAAUCCUUUUGGUACUGCUGCUUCCUCAACAAAUAACGAUUGACCACAAAAAACGUUGCUUUAAAAAAAAAAAAAGAGAGAAUAAAAAAUGUCAUGGUUUUUAAAAAAAACUUUUUCUCUCCCCCCCGCCCCCUUAUCUGCAGCUAUCACCCGAGGAAGAGGAAAAGCGAAGGGUGAGGAGGGAGAGGAAUAAGUUGGCAGCAGCCAAAUGUCGCAACAGAAGACGAGAGCUAACAGAUAAACUUCAGGCGGUAAGUACAAAUGACCAAGUUUGGUUAAUUAAAAAUAGAUUUAUAAAAAAAACUUUUUAUACUCUUGCAGACCUAUUUUACUUGCUAUGUCACAAUAAGCAACACCUACAUUUUGCUAUACACAUGCUAUUUUAAAAUGUAAAAAAGACUGGGCUAGCUGCUUUCAGUCACUUUUGGUGGGGGGGAGGGUAUGAGUUUCAGUUCAGUAUAUGGCCCAGUCGACCUAAAGACCAUUCACGUAAUGUGAUGAUUUAGAUUCCAUGAGGCCUGACAUUUGGCACACCAAGUUUUCUACCACAUCUCUCUUAAUGCUUUGCCAGCAUUAUGGGUAUAAGAGCUUUAUGGAUAUAUAGUCCACAACAUCUGGAGUGUCAAAGAUUGCCUACCUGUUUCCUACUGUGUCUACAUACCGUAUUUAUCGGCGUAUAGUCCACAACAUCUGGAGUGUCAAAGAUUGCCUACCUGUUUCCUACUGUGUCUACAUAAAUCGGCGUAUAACACGCACCUCAUUUUAAGAAGGAAAUUUCAGGGGAAAAAAACAAACUUAAAUUUCAAAUAAAGAACUUCUUACUCCCCUCUCCCCCUCUUCUUACCCCCUUUCUUACUCCCCCUAACCUUCUUACUCCCCUUCUUACUCCCUCCCCUCUUACUUCCCCUCCCCUUUCUUACUCCCCCCCCCUUUUUACUUUAUUAAGGUGCGCUGCAGUGUUCCGCCCUCCGACCGGGUACAGGACAGAAAACGCGACUGGACUCCGGCCGGCCACCGCGGACAGCAGAGCAGCUCGGCCACGCUACAGGGGAGGGGAGGUGAGAACCAAGCAGCCGCCUGACCGCUCUUGACAGAGCGCUCAGGCGGCUGCAGCAUUUAAAGGGCCGGCGUAUAACACGCACCCAUAAUUUGCCCCCUAUUUUCAGGGAGAAAAAGUGCGUGUUAUACGCCGAUAAAUACGGUAAUUUAUUAGUAUUGCAUUGUGCUAUGGACAAUCCAGCCAAAUAAAAGUAAAAUACAAAUUCAAAGUUUCUGGUGACUCAAAUCUUUAUCUUUAUGAUUCUCUGUCAACGUCACUAAUUUCUAUGAAAGACUUGGUGAUCUCAGUUACUACUCCAUUCACGUAUAGCUAAAGGUUUGUCCAUUCUGCUUUACAGGAAACAGAGAAACUCGAGCAGGAGAAGUCUGGGUUGCAGAAGGAGAUUGCUGAACUCCAAAAAGAAAAGGAUAAACUGGAGUUUAUGUUGGUCGCCCAUUCCCCCAUGUGUAAGAUACAACCUGAUGACAGAAACAGUUCCUCUCACACUAUCCGCACUAUGGUUGGAAGCAGGGUGGUUAUCAAACAGGAACCUAUUGAAGAAGACAUUCCUGCUUCUUCGUCGUCCAACAAUGAAAAAACUCAACGGUCUGUGAUUAAGCCCAUCAGUAUUGGUGGAGGGUUCUUCAAUGAGGAGCCCCUUAACACACCUGUAGUGAUGUCUUCAACACCUCCAAGCACUCCUAACACCUCCAACCUCGUCUUUACCUACCCAAGUGUACUGGAUCAGGAUUCAUCUACUUCUCCUUCAGAGUCUUGUUCCAAAGCCCAUCGUAGGAGUAGCAGCAGUGGUGACCAGUCCUCUGAUUCCUUGAACUCACCAACCCUCUUGGCCUUGUAACAAACACUUCUAGAGGACAAACUGAUCUUUUACAUGUCAGGUGAUGUCAAGAAGGGUAUACAGCUGUUGGCAAGAGCAUCCCAACUAAGCAUUUUGGUUUUCAGAACAUGCCUUGUACAAAACACCAUUAACUGGAUAACACACUUCAUGAAACUUUGAUGUAGCACAGACUUUCUAGGGCUGCAGAAGGGGCUACAAAUGUUUUCAUUCCUUUACAAUAUCAAAUUAUAUCGGACUCUUCCAUGGGUCCAGGUUGGUUCUAAGUUAUUUGUAGUCUCUUGUGUACUUAAAACAUUUCAUCCUUUCUUUCCAGUAGGUAAAUUUUGUCGUCUCUUGUUCUGAAAUCCAGAGGGCACUUUAGGGAAAGUCUCUGAGUGAUUUUGAUUUAAACUUCACUGGAUGAAGGUACAGAACUUUUUUUUUCUUUUGCUUGUUUGUUUAUUGAGCAGUUCCCAGAAAACAUUUGAGGAGCCUAUGGCAACCCCUCUGGCAAUCAGAUCCUUUUUUUUAUUUUAUUUUUAUUUUUAAAAGGAGCAUAAAAUGGAUCUAAAAAUGCAUUGAUUGCACCCAGCUUUUUUUCUUAUCACGCGCAACAUGCGUCAGAGGAUCUCACACAAUGCCAAAGAACGCUCCGGAGCGCAAUUUGUUGGAAUAAAAGGAUUGGCAAGAGAUAAUUUGGGAAAAUUCUAUAUAUCUAUAUAUUUAUAUGUAAUAUAUAACAAAAAAAACUUGGCAAUAUGACCAUGCUUUGUGCCUUUUGGAUAAGCAGAAACAUGUUUGACAAGAACUCAAAUGCACAUGACAAUCCAUUCAAUGAUUUUACAUGGUUUAGCCAUAAACCAAACCCUAUGAAAGGCCAUACACUAUUCUGUGCCAUGUAAUAUCGGGAAAUAGUGUCCCAGUUGUUACUGUUGCUUUAAGUACAAAGUUCAUACAAUGUUGCAUAUUUUUAGUGUUCCUGUUGUUUGGUCUGUUAUUGCAGUAUUGAUGAGGGGGGUGGGAGGAAGUGAUAAGGAGGGGGGUUACCUGGAAGUGCUUUGUAAAAGGAGAUGUUUAUUUUACAGUGCAAAUAGUGCUAUCUCUUUCUUCUUUUCAAUUAAUCCAAAGGUUGGAACACACUGGUCUUUGAAAAGCUCCUGCAAUUAUUCUGCAGAUCCAGAGGGCUGUAAAUUUGCACUAGUCUGUGACUGGUGAUCCUAGCAGGCUUACAAAAUUGGUAUUCUUAUUUAUUUCUUUGUUUUCAUAUAAUACAUGAGAGAGCAACGUGGAAGGCAAAUCAAAUUUGAAAGUAUAAUUAUUCAAUAAGAUGGCAAGAAAUAAGCAUCAAAAUAAAGUCACUGGAAAAAGUCAAUAAAAAAAAUAUUCAACACAAAAACUGCGUGAUUGCAAUAAAGUCACUCCAGUGAGGCAAGUAACGAGUGCAAGGGUUUUUGUUUUUGUUUUAGAACACUCAAACUUUAUAUGGCGUUAUCUGUACUGGAUGCAAAAAAAGUUGUUUUGUUUAGAUUUUACAGUUUCUACGCAGUAUUGAAAGCAGAAUUAACCCUAAUUCAUUUCCUAUUCAGUGUUAAAGUUACUUUUGUUCUGUAGAAAUCUCCCCUAUGCAGCUUUUUAAGACAACGGUUGAUUAGCCGUGCUUUGCCGAGAGAUGGGCGCACAGCCGCACACUUUACGCUUUGACAGCACAAAAUAAUCCCAUAACACAGCCUGUGUUUGCUACACUGUCAAACUGUCAGGGAACAGAAAGCGUUUUGUAUACACGCCUCCAGUGCCACAAAAAAAAUGUGUGACCAGUCCCCUCUGCUUCAUCAAAAUUAUGUCUACUGCCAGAAUUUAAAAUGCAGGUAUUAAUCAAUUUCUUAUUUUUUUUCUGAAACAUUCCAGAAUUUGUGGACUGUAGUUGUUUACAGAUUUAACCCGUGUGGUGCCUGAGUUUUACAAGCACUGAAUCUUUCUGUGUAUCCCUUUGUUGGAUGACAGUGCUCCGUGAAUAAAACUUUGCUUGCCCUUAUUAAUGUGCUUAAUUCUGUUUUAAAUGGCCAAUGAGCAUCAUGCGAUAGAUGUCAGAUACAACUGGUACUGAUUGUAUGCGCACAGUGCAUAUUGUUUGUUCUUAUGUGCAUUCCAUUUGCCGGCCUGCCAAUAAAAUACCAGCGACCAAUCGGAUCCGAUGAUGGAAUCACAGACGUUGAAAGAGAUACCAUAGCCCACUUUUAACGAAUCAUUAAGAUGUUUAAAAGAUAACGUGGUGUGUUUUUUCUGGUCCUGUUCGCUUCCUCCCAUUGACAAGCCCAAAUGGAAAGACAGUAGGCUGAAUGGGCAGACGGUGGGCCUUAAAUUAGUUUUUUUUUUUUUUAAAUAUAUAUAUUUAAUGUUGAAUAAUUGGUGUCUGUCCCUCUCCCCCGGUAGUAGUCCUUUUGGGUAGCAUGUGAUUUUUUUUUUGUUUUUUUUUUGUUUUGAUAUCAGAAGUAUUACCCAACAACCAUGAAAACACUGUAUGAUAGACUCGAACAUUGUAAUCCAUAUAUUUUUAAGUAAACACUCCGAAUUAGAAUAUAUUUUUAACGUUAAAUGUAUUUUAUUCCGUUUUUAGAUUCAAACACCCAUGUUUUAAAUAAUCAUAAUAAAUAAGUGUUGCCUUUAAUUCCGAGCUGGGAGAGUAGUUCUGCCUUCUGUGAUAUCCUCGUUGCAAAUGGUUUAGGCAAAAUGUAAACAGAAAUGGCAAAGGUUUUAAAUUUGUUGUGGUGGGGGGGGGGGAGCGACCAGGUUUAUUCACCAUAACCACUUCAUUCAGAUGAAGUGGUUUUGAUGUUUAGAGUGUCUAUUUUAACAGUAGAACGGAUCCUAAGAAACCCAGAUAUAAGCACAAACCCUUUAAACGUUGUGUUGCUCUUGGUGAUGAAAGAGUUAAUGUCGAUGCUCUCAGAUUAAUGACAAUAAAACUUGCAUUGCAGAGAGCCGACAAGAAAGGGGUUAGUUAAUCCUUUGAUUGCCAGAAACAUUCGUGUAGCUUUGAACCUCAGGAAGACUUCCCACAUCUUCCCCUCAGCCUUUGAGUUACUCCUUGCAUUCGUUUUUCAGUAAAUCCAUUUAAUCAGUUUCCAAAAGAGCAAGCCUUGUCAUGUCAGUGAGUCACUCAGACCUGCGGUUACCUAAAACCUUCUCUAGGAAAGCACUUUGAAUUUACGAUAGGACUUCUGUCUCCUGGACUAUCACUCAUGUUGUUUCUGUAUUAUCUUUAUGUUAAAGCACUCAAUUCACAGACAUAAUCAUUUUGACUCUUAUUUUCCCUUGUCCCAUUUUUUUACUCCAGAAUGUCUCCAGAACUAUUUGCAAGACUCAUUGUAUUUCUGGGUUGCAGUGUUCGUAGUUUCUCUGCCUGGGGAGCUCGCGCAUGUGAUGUGGUUGACUUCAGUUCCCAUAAUCCUUAGCAGCCAUAAUUUGUUGAAUUACAAAUCCCAUAAUCCUAAAUGGUAAAGUUAAUCAGAAGCUGCAGAGAUAGGCAUUUGUCCAACGUUGGUGUAUGCUCAGCACACCGUUCGAUUUACUUGGUGGUACUGAAUGUGUGUUACGUAAACUCUUCCUGUCUCAUAGGUCCAUAGUCUCCAGUAGUCAUGGAGCCUACAUCAGAGCAGGUACAAUCUCAUAUCCGGAAGAGGAUGUUUGCCCUCUUCUGGAAUAAAUGUUGAGCCUUUUGACUCCAUUUUUGUAGGCAUUUUUAAAAUAUAAUAAGGAAUACCUAGUUCAUCCCAGUAAAAUGCAGAGUCCAAAUGUGUUCUAAGUGAUAUAAUGUAAACCUACGUGUUACACGUAAUUAUUAGAUUUGUAUAAAAUGAUAGACGUCACACUGUUAUUAAUUUGCCAUCGGUAUAUUGUGUUUAUGGGAUGUGAGUAAUUCUGUAUUUUAUAGAUGUUUGAGUGGGUUCAGGCGGGUCCUGCCCUCAAGAUUUUUAUUCCUUCCUUCUAUUGCUGUUGAGUAAUGAGACUUUGAGGAUUUAAUUAUCAACAUUAAAAAUAUAUCAAAAACAAGAAGACUUUAAAAACUAUGUGUUGGUGCAUUUUGAAUACUGGCUGAUGAUUUAGCCAUCUUGCUUCAAAAUUCCCGUUGGCGUCAAUGAUAUAUAUAUUUUUAAAAAGUAAAAGAUGUAUCUUCUAUUAUCCUUAUUGCCUUAAGAAUUUUCAGGCCAUAUACACUACGUCACUUGAGAACAUUAACUGUAGCUUGGUUAGAUAUCACCGAGCAGCCUUUUUUUAUAUAUAGACAGAGAGCAGAUCUUUACAGAGGAUCAUGGCCCCUCCAGCUAAGCACACCAGAGCGCAAGUUCUUUAGCCAAGUGCAGACAGGUUGUUCAUCGUGUAAACCCUCACGCGUAAAGCGAAGAAGAACAUUCUCUGUGGAUGGGAAUGUCUAUGGGGCCUUGAUCUUGGUAGCCUGCGUUGCAUUGAUAGACAAACCUUUGCAUAAUUUGAGAACCAGACAGACCACUUUUUGUGCCAGACUAGAGGUACCUCCAUAAUAGUCUAAAACACUGGCCUCCUCCCUUGAAGUAAUUUAUAAAUUGUGGGUGUUUUUUCUACUAGAGGGAACAUUAAUUAAUUAAUGCAAGUCAAAAGGUUAAUGAGUUACUUUUGUUGCAGACCUAUUUCUGUUUUGGGGCCUGACCUGCGUAUAAUGUUCCACCCAGUCCUGGGUUUGAUCCUGGUAUUUUUUCAUUUUGCUACUAUCCAUUUAACCAAUCCUAUAUAGCUACUAAUCCUAAUAUACAGCUCCUAAAACCUUCAUCAGUCUUAAUUCCUUUAAAAUUGACUAAUUUUUUUAUUUUUUAUUUUUUAUUUUUAUUUUUUAGCAGAUGGUUAAAAAAAGCAGUUUCUCUCAUUAUCCAUUAGAUUUAAAUGUUUUGCAUUUUAUUGCCAUCCUAUGAAUUUGUAUGUCUUAUUUAUUUGAAAUGUUUACAUAGUUUGGAUGUAUCCUUUCUACGGGACCGAGGUGUGUGUGUGGCCUCCAGUUGAGGUUGAUCUGAAUUAUCAGAUACAUUUUUCUCUUUCAUACUUUUGUUUGUGAGGCUUCCCAGAUGCCUCCUGCACUAGAAAAAAUAAAAAAUGAUGACCCGUUUUCAAGGUGUUAAUGUCCAGACAGUUGUUCUGUGCAGACCAUCUUGCAGUGGACAUGAGUGAGCAGAAUCUUACUGUAAUAAGAGGGUCCUAAAAAUGGCUUACCAACAUUUUUGGUGUUAUUCAACAUUUUGAUAAUCUUGCUUGGCACACUGUUUUGCUUUUUCCAGUUUUUCACAGGUUUCUGGUGCACUUUGAUUCAGUCUUGUUUCCAGCUGUUAACAUGUGUUCCUAAUCAAACAACCGAGAUAGGUGGACUCUGGCAUUGUAGUUGCUCAAGACUUGUCCUGGUCGUACAACAUUAGGUUUGUAGCCACAGCAUCUAAAUGCCAGAUCAAGCCUGUGCCUUGUUGAGUGGAAGUGUUUGAGGCUAAUUCCAUCAUUCACUCAGAAUGUCCUGUUAACCAUUUGCACUACAAGUCUCCAUGGUCCACAGAGAUUGGGUAUCACAGGACCAGUUGGCUGGCACAGAGAAUCACACAAAAUUCAUACUAUACAUUACUGAUCAGGAAAGCCCAUGGAUGACAAUGACCACUUGCGUUUGUUUUUCUAUUUUGAUAUUUUAUUUCUUUUUCUUAGUUUGUAGAUGAAAGUGCCACUGUUACCCUACCACCACCACCGGAAAAUGAGAUGGUGACAGUGCUGCUUUAAUAUGUUAAACCCAAAAAUUGUAGGGAAAAAAUACAGUGUGUUCCAAAUUCUUGUUACUUCAGAAGUUGUUGACGUAAAGAAGCAUCUCUGAUGCUCAUGUGGGACAUCAAAUGGAACCACAGGUUUCAGCGUAGAUGGGAAGUGGUUUCUUCUGUGUAUUGGAUCCUCAAGCAGUGCAUUCACAAAACCAGAAUCUCGAUUGCAGUUUGAUAGAUAUACAGACUCUCUCUUACAAGGCUCAAGUGUUUUGUCUAAUAAGCGUGCCAGCUUUUCGUGUGUGUGUAUAUGUGUGUGUGUAUAUAUAUAUAUAUAUAUAUAAAUAUAUAUAUUUUUAUAUAUAAAAUGCAAGUAAUUUACUUGGGUAGAGCGCAUUUGUCUUAGAAAAUAAAUGAUUGUGUAAAUGGAGUCUACAAUUAAUAUUUACCUUUCCUCUCAAUCCUGCAAGGAAUGGGCAAAACACAGACAAAAAUCCACAAUGUUCGCGAAAGCCAGAAUCAAAUAUUUGUAGGAUUUUUAAUGUCAUGGAAUGUUUGGGUAAAUUCACUGCUUACAAUUUUAGCUGAUGUUGUUUUUAUUUGUAUUUUGUUUUUCUUUCUUUAUUUAUCUGAGGUUCAAAAAUAUUAAAUGUAUUUAAAAAAAGAUUUUAUGAUUUAUUUGUCUUGUGUAUGAAUGUUUGUUUUUGCACGAUUUCUGCAGUUUCAUCAUGAAAAUUGUAUUUUUUAGCUGUUAACGUUUGCUCUUGUGUGGUUAAGAAUGAAUCCAAAUUAUUGGGUCAUA